UAACAGCUUUGACUCUUUUUCAGGUUCUAACUGUGAAUUUAGGCCUUGUGAGGCCAGCAAUCCCUGUGAGAAUGGAGCUGUGUGCAUAGAAGAGAUGGAUUUGGACACCUUUCCCCUUGGAUUCCAGUGCCAAUGUACAAAGGGCUUUGCAGGUCCACGAUGCGAGAUCAAUGUCAAUGAGUGCAGCUCUAACCCCUGCCUCCAUGGAUACUGCUAUGACAUUGUUGACAGCUUCUAUUGUUUGUGCAAUCCUGGAUAUGCAGGGCCAAAGUGUGACCAGGACAUCGAUGACUGUAUUAUCAAUGCUUGUGACCACAAUUCUACAUGCAUGGAUCUACAUCUGAGCUACCAGUGUGUCUGCCUGCCAGGGUGGGAAGGAACAUUUUGUGAAUAUGAAUCCAAUGAAUGUAACCCAGAGCCUUGCAAAAACAACGGCACCUGCACAGAUCUUUUCAACAGCUAUCAAUGCACAUGUACAGCAGGCUGGACAGGGUCACAGUGCAAUGAAGAUAUAAAUGAAUGUGAUCCUGACCCGUGCUUGAACGGAGGGACCUGCUAUGAGUCUGUUGUCCAGGGGCACUUUAUAUGCCUUUGUCCUCCUUUUUAUACUGGAGACUCUUGCCAGCAGCGCUACAACCCCUGUGACCCACACUACAAUCCAUGUGUAAACAAUUCAACCUGCCUGGCACAGGUUGAUGGCAUUCCAUUGUGUGUUUGCAAAAAAGGAUUUGAAGGUGCUUACUGUGAAAUUGACACUGAUGAGUGCAUUUCCCAUCCAUGCUGGAACCAUGGUCUCUGUGUGGAUGGGGUUAAUAGUUACAGAUGUUCCUGUCAACAUGGUUUUUCUGGGUCACAGUGUGAAGUGGACAUUAAUGAAUGUUCAUCAAGACCCUGCAAAAACAAUGCAACCUGCCUAGAUCUUAUAAACAGAUUCUCCUGUAAUUGCACACCUGGAUACUAUGGGUCACUCUGUGAACUGGAUAUAGAUGAGUGUGAAGUUUUGUCUUGCUUACAUGAAGGAAGCUGCUUAAACAAACUUGGAGGCUACCAGUGUCUUUGCCUCCCUGGAUUCACAGGUAUAAUUCAUUCCCUGAAUGUGAGCCUGUUUCCACAAUGAAGGUAGCUAUCACCUGUGCUCUGCAUUUUAAAAUUGUUGCAUAAGCAAAGACAUUCAACUAUACCAAGGGGAGUGAAGGAGAUCACCUGAUUAUUAGAGGAGAAAUCCAAAUUAAUUCAAAUGGAACUUUGAGUCAAGUCUUUAUUUACAUUCUUUUUGAUUUAUGAUUUCUCAAGUCAUCCAGAUACUUAACUAAUACACAUUAGAAGAAAGGUCAUACAGCACAAAAGAAAAAGCAACAGUUUCAUAAUUCAGCCAAAAAAAAAUAUAUUGCAGAUUGAGAGUAAAUUUUAUAGACAGAUUGAAAUAUUCUUUUGCUAAAAUGGGUCAGUUUUAUCAGUUUUUGUAUCUAUAAUAGUUGAACAUAAAUCUUGAUCAUGGAAAAUAUAGCAUUUGCCAC